GACAGAGCAGGAAGAAUCAAGAACCGAGAGAGCGAACGAAAGGGAACAUGAGAUAGAAGUGAGAGGCUUUUGAAGAGGGCGCGGAGCUGAGCCGUAGGGUGAGAAACUGAGACAGCCACCGCGGCAGAUUGAGAAGUGCGGACAGAGCACUCCCCGGACGGAGUCAGUAUGCUGUCCGAUGAAAUAGCGGCUGGAGCGGAGAUGGGAACUGACUCGUUGAAACUGUACUGCGUUGUUAUGAUGGAUCAUUGCAUCCUAACCAAUGCCAUGUUUGUAUGAAGGACAAAAGGGAAAAGGGGAAAGUGUUUGUUUGCGGGAUAUACAAUGGAUACGGAUAUCAUCACUUUUACUAAGUGCCCUGGAUCCAAAUGUCACCUCCCCGGGACUCUGCCCCAGCCGGGGCCCAUCCGAGUGUGACCACUGGGCCGGAGGACCGCGGCGUGCUCCCGCCGCACUGCACCCCUCGAAAUUGGCCUCUGAGCGGGCCCGGGCAUAAUGUGAUGCACCCCGCCGCCAGCAGGGCCUGAUAUCCGAGCAGAGCGAGCAAGCGUGGAUGGAGCCAGCCGGCGGGCCAUUGCCCUCUAAUGAGACCCGCCGCUCCACGAGCUGAGGACCAGCCAUUAUAGCAGGAUUAUAGCCCUAGUCUUCCUGUUCUAACCCCUUGAACUGCAGCACAUUAGCAUAAUCUAACAGAGGACUGCUUCUUCUGUGGAGUAUUUCACUAUCCCUCUUUUCCUUUUUUUUUACUGCGGUUUCUUCAUCGUUUGGUAUUUGCCUGCCUUGGCGUGUGGGCGCAUUCUUUUUGUCGCUGUCAUUAUGGAGUUUCAGGUGGGACCAUGGAAUAAGGAUUGGCCUUCGUUUCUUAGCUUUUGGCUGACCGUGUUGUUGAGCCUACACGUGCAGUUUUACCCGGUGGCCUCGUGUCCGGUGGAGUGCCGCUGUGACAAAACGUUUGUUUACUGCAACGAGAGGAGCCUGACCUCGGUGCCCUUGGGUGUGCAGGAGGGCUGCAAGACCCUCUACCUGCACAACAACCAGAUCAACAACGCUGGCUUCCCGCUGGAGCUGCACAAUGUGGCCUCGGUAGAGACGGUCGUUCUGUACGGAAACCAGCUGGACGAGUUCCCCGUCAACCUGCCGCGGAACAUGCUCAUGCUCCACCUGCAGGAGAACAACAUCCAGACCAUCUCGCGGGCGGCUCUGGCACAGCUGCCCUUCCUGGAGGAGUUGCACCUGGACGACAACUCCAUCUCCACGGUGGGCGUGGAAGAGGGGGCCUUCCGCGAGGCGGUCAGCCUCAAGAUGCUGUUCCUCACCAAGAACCACCUGAGCAGCGUGCCCAUCGGCCUGCCCGUGGAGCUCAAGGAGCUGCGUCUGGACGAGAACCGCAUCGCCGACAUCCCCGAAGAGGCCUUCCAGAACGUCACCACCCUGCAGCGGCUGCUGCUCGACGGCAACCUGCUGACCGACGAGGGCAUCGCCGUCGGGACCUUCCAGGAGCUGGUGAACCUCCGCGAGCUCUCGCUGGCGCGGAACUCGCUCACCGCGCCGCCGCCCAUGCUCCCGGGCGUCUCGCUGGUCAAGCUCAACCUCCAGGAGAACCAGAUGACCAGCAUCCCGGUGACGGCGUUCGCCGGGCUGCAUCGGCUCGAGCGGCUGGACAUCUCCAACAACCAGCUGCAGUCCCUGCCGCAGGGGGUGUUCGACAGCCUGGUGAGCCUGCGGCAGCUCAGCGUGCGCGGCAACCUCUGGCACUGCGACUGCUCCAUCAAAUGGGUGAUUGCGUGGCUCAAGUCCCUGCCAUCCACCAUUAACGUGCGCGGCUUCACGUGCCAGAGCCCGGAGAGGGUGCGUGGCAUGGUGAUCAGAGAGCUCACGCUGGAUGCCAUCCAAUGCCCAGCUGGCACGGAGCUCGAGCCUUGGCCGACCCAGCCACCACCGUCCCCCUCCCAACCUCGGAGAACCACCACCAUCCGUCCUGCCCCCCAGACCACCACCUCCAUGUCCCCCACCUCCACCAUGUUCUACCCCCCAACUCACAAGCCAACCCCCCCAGGGCCAGACAUGCCAGGCCUGCCCCCCGGACCUCGUCCUCCGUACGAGGACUCCCUACAGAUCUCCUUCCACAUCGUCAACUCCUCCUGCAUCGAGGUGAGCUGGGCGUCCUACUUCACCGUCACGGCCUACAAGGUGACGUGGGUGAAGAUGGGCCAGGCGCUGAUGAGCGACGUCACCCGGGAGACCACGGUCCCCGGCGACCGCCGCAAGCUCGCCCUCACCAACCUCGAGCCGCGCUCUAACUACCGCAUCUGCGUCUACGUGCUGGACACCCUCAACGUCUACCGGCCGGGCGAGGACACUAUCUGCUCGGAGGCUAAGACCAAGUCCUUCAGCAAGGCCACGGAGACGGAGCCCGCGGCACAGCAGGACGGCAGCUCCACCCUGCUGCUGGCCGGCAUCAUCGGCGGCGCCGUCCUCGUCGUCCUGGUGACGCUGCUGAGCCUCUUCUGCUGGCACAUGCACAAGAAAAGCCGGACGGCGUCGUCCAAGUGGAAAUACAACCGCGGCCGGAGAAAAGAUGACUACUGUGAGGCAGGGACCAAAAAGGAUAAUUCCAUCCUGGAGAUGACUGAAACCAGCUUUCAGAUAGUGUCCUUGAACAAUGAACAGCUUUUAAAGGGAGACUUCCGGAUCCAGCCCAUCUACACGCCUAAUGGGGGCAUCGGCUUCCGAGAUUGUCACCUCAGUAACAACAGCAUAGCAUACUGCAAGAGCAGCAACGUUCCCAGCAUGGAAUUCUGCCACACGUGAUGAUUAUCAGUGGGAUGCUACAACUGUUUGUUUAAAAAAAAAUGUGUAGUAAAAUAUACUGUACAAUAUAUAUUUCCAAGUUCAGUCUACAAUGUAAUUUAUACUGUGGACAAUUAUGUGGAAUUCUGCUAUCUUUUUUAUUCUUAGUAAAAUGAAACUACAAAUGAUUUUCUAACUAGAGGGGAUGGACAUGGUUUUGGCUCUCACGGACAGUACAGAUGAAUUGUACAAUCAUGGUGUGCUGGCUUCUCCACUCAAGAAAUCCUGUCGGGCUGGUCUCUCCUUGGGCGCUAGGAGAGCUUGGAUACUUUGCUAACCACAGAAGCAAAAAUAUGCCCUCUGUGCUAAAACACAGCCACCCCUUCACAGAACGGUAGUUAAGAUAACACAGUGGUUGCGAAACACAAACAACCCUGAUUAGCCUACCAUGGAAAAUAAGACCUGGUGUUAGUUUUUUCCCUCUUCUCCUUAAAAGAAUUGAAAAGUGCACUUUCCUAAAGCGUCGGACAAAAGUGUUUCUGUGCAUGUGCGUGUGCUUGUGUGUGUGUGUGUGUGUGUCUGUGUGUGUGUGUAUGGGCGCGUGUGCACAUGGUUGUUCAGGAAAUUAGCUUUUGUUGAAGUUACACCAGAGAGAGUGUGUGAGGGCACACUUCCCCAGCAGCCCACAGGUCUCAGAGGGGCCGAGCAAACAAUGCUGAAAGCGGUAGGGAAAAUGCCAGAGGUGUUUGUUACCUCGGCCGUCUGUUUAUUCAGCCAUGUGUUUUCCUAUGUGUUUGAACAUCUGCCACCAGGGGGCAGCACGCCUCAGCCCAUACAGAGGACAGCCAAGGAGGCAGAUAGUUAGUAUCCAAUCCCUUCUUCUCCUGAUGCAAGGGAACCUGCUACUCUCUGCCAUGCUCUUUCAUACUCACAUUCGUACUCGCUGCACGUUACUACUCCUCGUCAAGAGUAAUUCUAAGAGUAUGACACACUGCUUAGAGGUCAUUUAUGAUGUGAAAUCAUUUAAAACUAGUAGUGCACUACACGUGUUGGUUAAUUGUUAAACCAAUUGAUUUCCGCUACUAUUAUCUCCAAGGCUGGUGUGGUUGGCCAUACAAAUCAAUCUGACAGAAGGCCCACACAUACCUACAUUUUAUGGAUUCCCCUACUUUUAUGCUUCACUCAUCAUAAUUAUUUUCAGAACAUUAAGUAAUUAGGUCAUUUUUUUUUGGAGCUGUCUUGUCUCUCUUUUUUCCCUUCCAAUGGGAGUUAAUGAAGAGUUUUGAAGAGAUACGCUGUGAAGCACGCACCAUCUUUGAGUUGGUCUACGUUUCAUGGUUAUUAAGACAGCUUUUUCAAUGACUCAUCAGGUCAGAUUGACAGUGAAAUGGAAACUGACUACAAAUGUUGCUUUACAAUAGAGCACCCUGGCACAGGUUCGCAGCUCUCUCGUUUGAAAGUGGUUUAGACCCCCGCAUGAGGGCAAUUAAAAUGGAGGCUGUUCAUAGUUAAAAGUGCACACUGACAAAGAAAAACCUUUAUUAUACACGGUUGCUCACAGAUUUUAUUUGCUUUGACAAGACUUUCUUUCCUCGUAGGGCCUAGUUCAAAGACCUGCCCCCCACCCCUUACACACACACACACACACACUCGCUUCCUUUCACAUGCCCACACAGUCAUGCACAGGCUACAAUUCCCAGCCCCCUCCUGCUCUUCAUAAUCCUUCAUCCAAAAAAGGGAAAAAAAUAUGCAGACGUUAUUUUCACUUGGCAGACGAAUCACAAGCUGAGAGAAAGUAAGACCAAUCGACAAAGUUAACCCUUUCUGCGACUGUCAAGGCAUGCCUCUUUACACAUUAGACCGAGGAAAGUGCAAGCCUUCUCUCACAGCUUUGAUUUCUGUGAUAGCAAUAUUCAUGUGCAUUAUUAUGCUUUAAUCAAACACUUGACUUUUCAACGUAAAGGCAUUGUGUCAGACUGCCCACAGAAAGGUAGACUAGUAAGUCCACUAUAGGCCAGUGUUAACGCACCUGGAGUGUUGCUGUAUAAUCUUCACUGAUGUUCAGGAUUUUCAAAUAACUGUUGGUAUCUAUUUUUAAUUGCAAAGUUCAUGCCAGGUAAAAGAAAGGGCCAAAUGCACUUCUGUGGUCAUCAAAGUGUUUCCAUUUUGUUCUGUUAUCUCUCCCGGACAUACAGUAUAUCGCAAGCUAUUUUAGAUGAGCUCAGCCCAGACUAGCUGUUCAUCUGCCUGGACUCUGUGCAAACGCGCACCGCAGCCUCUGGAUGAAAAGGCUUUUAAAACCCUUAAAGGUGUAGGUUUUUGAACGUUCUAAGUUCCGCAACAAUUGAAGGUUCUAAAAUUCUAUGUUGAAUUCAAUGAACCCAGAUAUUCUUUAGAACAUUCAUUUCUCAACAUUCUCGUCACACCAGUGUGACGGUACUCUUUUAAGGCUUUUAACUGAUAUGUACUUCAUUAACAAUUCAUCGGCCUGCCUCAUACUCUCUGACAAAAGUACCUGUGCAGAGUGUGAAAUCCUCUGCUGCUGUUUCUGCUCAGAAAGGGGACAUGUAUUGAAAUAAAAUCCUCACAUUAUUCAUCUGUAA